AUGACGGACAAGACCGAAAACUUGACAGCGGUAGAGAACACAUCUUCGCCCAGCGACAUUGUUUCGACGGAUCCUCUCGCCACUCCUUCGGGGGACAACCCAGUUGAUGCUACCGCCAAACUGGAGAAGAAGAAAUCUGUCGAUAACUCAAGCCAGAGCAUCGCCGUAGGCUCCAGCGGCUCCGACAUUGACCACCACCACCAUCAGCACCGCCGCCGCCAAUGCCUCCACGCGACCCUCUCCAAGUCCAUCGUGCGCAAGUACGACCUGCGCAUCCUACCCCUCGUCUCCGCCUCCUGGAUGCUCUUCUACCUCGACCGCGCCGCCCUCGCCCUCGCCAACGUCAACGGCAUGGAGCGCGACCUCGCCCUGUCGGGCACGCAGUUCAACGUCGCCCUCGCCCUCUUCUUCACUUUUACAUCGUCGCCAGCGGGCGGACACCUGCUCCUGCGCAAGGUCGGCGGCGGGCGCUGCCUCCCCGCCAUCAUCGUCGCCUGGGGGCUCGUCACCACCUUUAGCGGCUUCGUCACCUCCUUUCCCGGCUUGUGCGUGAGCCGCGUCUUCCUCGGGCUCGCCGAGAGCGCCUUUCUCGGCGUCGUCAUGCUGUACCUGGGCUUCUUUUACACCGAGUUCGAGCUCGUCGCCCGCGUGGGUCUGUUUUACUCGGGCAACGCCCUCGCCGGCGCGUUUGGGGCUCCUGUUCCUGAUACAACGAUCAAGUCGGCGGAACGGAACCAUGAGCCACCCUCCCAGACUGGCAAUACGGCGCAGCAGGACCGCCUCACCUGGGCGGCAUUCAAACGCGCCGUCUGGAACCCCGUUACGAUCUUGAUGGCCCUGGCCACCUUUCUCACCAUUCAAGCCCUCUACAGCUUUACCAUUUUCCUCCCCACCAUUAUCUUUGUCAUGGGCUACUCCGGUACCCGCCUCAACCUGCUCACCUACAGCCAGCGCUCCGGCGCCAAGGCCAUCCCCAUGCUCAUCUGCAGCGUCUCCUCCGUCGCCGGCUACCUUUUACUCCUCGUCGGCGCCCACGUCGGCGUUUCAAACGGUCCUCCGAGUCCCACGCCGCCGUCGACGCCCGUCUUUAUCGACCGUACGGGUUUCAAGAUUCAGUACGCAGGUGCCUUCCUCGUCGCCAUCGGUAUCAACACCAUUCCGCCCAUCGCCCUCGCCUGGACCUGCAUCAACGCCUCGCCCCAUUACGUCCGCGCCAUCGUCCUGACCUUUAUCAUCACCCUCGGCAAUACCGCCGCCUUUCUUUCCUCGUUUACUUAUAUAACCUCUCAGCGCCCUCGAUACAUCACCGGCCAUUCCAUCAAUCUCGGCUGCUGUGUCGCUCUCACUGCCACCGCUCUUACGCUCAUCCUAUAUAUGCGUCGCGAGAACAAGAGACGCGAGCGAGGAGACCGCGAUGACCGCCUCGUGCCAGCUGCGCAUCUUUCCAAGGAAGAAAAGAAGCGCUUUGAGCUUGAGCUGGGAUGGAUGCAUCCCAGACACCGGUUCCAGCUAUAA